AGGCUUCUAUCAAGCUUCGACUACUGCUACUAUGGGACGCGUCCGCACUAAGACCGUUAAGCGCGCUGCUAGGCACAUCGUUGAGAAGUACUACAGCAAGCUCACUCUCGACUUCCAGCUCAACAAGAAGAUCUCUGAGGAGGUCGCCAUCAUCCCUUCUAAGAGGCUUAGGAACAAGAUUGCUGGUUUCGUCACUCAUUUGAUGAAGCGCAUUCAGAAGGGACCUGUCCGUGGAAUCUCCCUCAAGCUUCAGGAGGAGGAGCGCGAGCGUAAGAUGGACUUCGUGCCUGAGAAGUCUGAGGUCGACACUGAGCACAUCGUCGUCGAUUCCGACACUGCUGAGAUGCUCAAGGAGCUCAACAUGGAUCAGCUUCCCAACAUCGAGGUUUCCGAUCGCAUGGGCUAUGCGCGUCGUCGUUACUAGAUGCCUGGUGCCCACAAGUAGCCGUCGUUGGAAGUCCUUUUCCUCC